AUGGGCGGCGCGGGGGCGCUCCUGAGGCCGGCGGCCCUGAAGCUGAACCAGAGACGGGACAUCACCUCCUGGCUGGCCCGAUGGUUCCCCCAAACCCCAGCCAAGUCCGUGGUGGCCCUGAAAACACCCAUCAAGGUGGAGCUGGUGGCUGGGAAAACCUACAGGUGGUGUGUGUGUGGCCACAGCAAGAAGCAGCCCUUCUGUGACGGCUCCCACUUCUUCAAACGCACUGGCCUAUCCCCACUCAAGUUCAAGGCCCAGGAGACCCGCAUGGUGGCGCUCUGUACCUGCAAGGCCACCCAGAAGCCCCCAUACUGCGAUGGCACCCACAGGAGUGAGCGGGUGCAGGAGGCAGAAGUGGGCUCCCCACUCUGA